CCCACUCCAUCACCAGCCGACACCGACACGCCCUCCUAGACAUUUAGACCGUUCUUCUCUCUCUUUCUCUUAUACUUUUCUUCUUGUAUCCCUAAUCUUCACCAGCCCCGUCUCGGCUAGACAAGACGCGCGUGCAUUUCUAAGACCUUUGCUGUGAUCAGCUGCGGACUUUUUUCUCCAACUCCUUACGCUCCUUGCGUUUGAACGUCCGUGUGUGUGUCGUCGUCUUCUGUACCUACCCUCGUCCUUAGUCUGAGUGUCUCGAUGUCUGCAUAGAGACGCUCUUUUGAGGCGACCUUCUUGGACAAGCCGUGUGCCACCUGCGAGGACGGAUUCGGGUGAAUCAAGUCAUAACCAAUUCUUGCUUGGGAGAGUUACCUAGUGGAAGCGAGCUCGGACUUUAAAGCGCAUUUAGUCACGCGUGCAUAGGCACGCAGUCGGUGGAAAUUUUUUUCUUUCAUAUAUCCAGUUUAAAGGGUUUCAAAGGUAUACGGGUAGUCGUCUAAAUUUCUUGUUAUUUGGGGGUCGGAGGGUAGGUCCUUGGGUGCAAUCUACAUACAUACACGAACACACGACAGGAAUAGAGAAGAGUGGAAAUUUUAUAGUAUUUUUACAACGCUGGCGUCCCCUCAAGCAUACAGACAACUGCAAAGCAUCGGGCUGCCCACGGCCUCGCUUAUGGAACAUCAACUAUCGAGCGAGGAGCGCGAGCGGAAGAACCGUUUCUCGUUUUCAGGCGGGGGUGCAGACACGCCGCGCUCGGCAAGUCAGCCGCCGACAACAAACGGAGAAGGGUUCUACUCGACACCAGCAAUGCAGAUAUACGGUAGUCCUGGUGGACGGAACGGAAAUGGGAAUGAUAAUGGUUCCGGCGGGACGCUCGGUCCAGGACAGGUUUCACCAUGGAUGAUGUCUGCGAGCGGACAAGGUCGCGGUCCGUCUCUGGGCCGUAGUGCAAGCACGUCCGUUGGCAUCCCCUCAUCGCUACCGCGCAGUUCUUCCUUCUCUGAGCGCAUUGGCUAUGGUAGUGGUAGUAACUUCGCGAAUGCAAUCCGCGAAUCUCAUUCCUUCCCAUCUACGUUCGAGGACGAUGAAUCUGAGGUGCUGUCCGACGCGACAGGGGAGUACACGUUUUCCGAUUCAUCUACUCAGCUUCGAGGACGCCACUUCCUUGCAGGCGAUACACGCAGUCGGUCACAGAGCCUUGCAACGACGACUGCAGCGAGGCCGUUGCCUAUCGGAAGUCCACCUGCGAGCGCGGGAUGGACCACGGGCCCGUUGAGCAUCCCUGGACGAUUUGGUGACAUUAAGCCACCUGGAUCAGGACUUGGCAGCCGAUAUGGUUCGCUCGGUGCACUUGCUCGAUCUCCUGUAGGCGCUUCGCCAUCGCCGACUGGGCUUCGUGUUAACACUAGCAAUGCGGAACUCACGAACAUCUCGCCGAUGGCACGCGAUGUCGGACACAUUAUGCUCGAUGAGGAUGCCUGGGCCGGGAAUGGCGGUGAAAGCGGGACGACAAGUCGUCGCCAUAGUGUCAGUGUUGUCCAACCGCGUCGCGGGAUUGUCGGCUUUAAUGCACCGGAUAGCCAUGAUGACGGGAGUCAGCACUAUUUUGCAGGGAGUAAUGGUCAUGCUACUUCUGCGGGAGCAGGAGCAGGAGGUCUCGCGAUUUCAGACGACGAACUUGCAGUCGGCCUCAAUAUGCUCAACUUGAAUGCACCACAGUCACGCUCCUCACUUCCUCCGAGUCAGCCAUCUUCUCUCCCGAUUUAUGCCCCGCUUUCACGCACGACUCAUGACCCAUCCGGGUCACUUGCGGAGAGCUUGAGUAUCCCCUCGGGUGAGCAUUUACCGCCCCGUCGCAUGUUGCGCUCGCCUAGCGAGAGCCAAUAUUCUGUCAGUUCCAGCGGAGGCUCACCCCCACGCAACCCCGAGCACUCUCCUGCACUCGAAUCGGCUGCAUAUAUACAUCGUCAGCAGGCUCAGCGAUAUGUUCCUGGGCAUGGGAUUCAGUACAUCCCAGAAGAUGCGCCUGCGCCCGCCCCGACGUCACCUACGUUCUCGCGAAGUGUUGCGGGACCGAAUCAGUCGUUCAUGCAGAUGCAUCAAAUGCCGCUCUCGCCAACGAGAGGACCUGCUGCCGGUGGUGUCCAUACUACACAGCAGAUUCAGAUGCAGCAGUUCUUGCAUCAGCAGACAUUGGCGGGUGCACCGGCCCUGCAGCGUCGUGCGUCGCAAGGCGAAGGAUUCAUGGGUAUGGGUGCGCCUGGUGUUCAGCAUUCACCAAUUCAGCAACAGCAACAAUCGCUCUCGGAACUUGGACGCGGGAUUCCUUUGCAUGUCGUACCAGAUAGCUGGGCGCUCUUCAUUGUCGAGUUCAAAGCUGGUAGAACAGACUUGUUCUACGUUGCGGACGCAACAAGUAUGCCGCCUCUACGUGUAGGGGAUCUUGUCAUCGUCGAAGCAGAUCGGGGGAAGGACUUAGGAAAGAUUGUGAAUGAUACGAUUACAGCUGCAGAAGUGGAAACAUUCCAAAGACAACAAGCUGCGCAGCAGCAAGCCGCGCAAGCUGCAUUCAACGAGCAGAAUGCGGGCUAUGGCCCUACGAGUCCUGAUGGAUCCUUAUCCGUUGUGCCGCCGCCACCCCCACAUGGGAAGAAAGAGAUUAAUCCGAAGAAGAUAUAUGGGAAGGCUACGUCGCAGGAUGCGCAGAUGCUGGUGACCAAACACCAGGAUGAAGCGAAGGCGCUUGCACUUUGUCAAACGAAGGUGAAACAGAAGAAAUUGCCGAUGGAGGUUAUUGAUGCUGAGUACCAAUGGGAUCGAAGGAAGUUGACAUUCUACUUCAUCGCCGAGAAACGGAUUGAUUUCCGUGAACUCGUGCGCGAGCUUUUCCGGCUUUAUAAGACUCGAAUUUGGAUGGCCUCGUUGCAAGGUCCGACAAGCCCCGACUGAUUCGAGAGCAAUAUGACGAUUACACACAUAUACUUGCCCAUCUGAAGGGUCCGAAAUACAAAAUCCAGAUUUCUGUCGGGACGACUGCGCCACCUGCUCACCUCACACAUCUGCUCUUCACUCUUUCGCUUUCUUCGAAUGAAGCGAAGGGACUCUUAAACAACCCUGGCUGGAAAUCAUUAUCUUUUUUUGAUUAACUCCAUGUUUUUUCUCUUGAACGUGAAACGAAGACUUUUUCUCAGCUUUGACAGAUUAUGAGAUGUACUGUGCUGUGUACUAACACCAUCAUCUUCACCUUUAAACAAAGCAAUCAACUAACCCAUCAAGCGUCUUUUCAGCAGUUUUUUUAUUUAUCUUGCCUCUUUUUUCUGUUCACCGUUUUCUGCCUCCUGUGUUUUUUCCUUCCUUAUUUUCGUCAUGCAUCCAUCUAGAACAGCCAUCGAUCUAGACAUGCAUAUCCGAAUCCAUAUGAGCAUAUGAGCAUUAUUAUCCUCUAUCUCUGUCGCACUCUGCUCGUAUUUUUCUCUGCGCAUCUCUCUGUAGUUGUGUUGUUCGUCUCGAGCUCUUUCGACGUUACUUAUGUAUGGUUAUUUCCUCACGUGCAAUUUGCUCUCCCUGUACAACUUUGUUUAGUUUUUCUAAUUAACGAUUCCUCCGUACCCUG